AUGACAGUACCAACAUUGGUGACCGGGCUGAACGGGCACAUGGUUGUGUACGCAGCGUGUGGCAGCGAGGACUCUCACACGUUGUGCGUAACGGCGUCCGGCAUAGUGUUUUCGUGGGGCGACGGGAAUUUCGGGAAGCUCGGUAGGGGAGGUUGCGACGGCUCGAAAACGCCAAAGAUAGUUGACAAAUUGUUGGACAUAAACGUGGCAAAGGUAUAUUGCGGUGGGCAAUUUUCGGCAGCUUUAACGGCAUACGGAGAGGUGUACACGUGGGGAAAGGGAGAAGCGUACCGGUUGGGUCACGGGACCGAGGAACACGUUAGAUAUCCGAAGGCGAUCGAAGCGUUGAAAGCGAAAAAAGUGAAGGAAUUGUCCGUGGGAAGCUUGCACGUGUUGGCAUUGACGGAGGAGCAAUUGGUGUACGGAUGGGGGAGAAAUGAUUGCGGGCAAAUCGAUCCAGCAUUGGACAUCGUCGUGCCUGAACCGACGCUCUGUCCGACCUUGUCCGGGAAGAACGUGAUCGGGCUGGCUUGUGGAGCGACGCAGAGUUUCGGCUGGUGCACAUCUGCCUGGUCGGUCGCGAGCAGAGUGGCAUUCGUGGUGGACAUUUGCGAGGAAACCUUUCGAUUAUUGGACACGUUGUUGAGCAAGGCGUGCGAAGGAUUGCCGGGUGGUACGCGGCCACCUACUCAGGACCGUGAGUGUUUGGCCGUAGCGACGCUGAAUCUGAUAAGAUUACAACUGCACACUAUGAUAACGCACAACAUAGAGGGUAAGUCGGUCGGGUUGGCCGGUGGUAGCCCGUUGUUAAAUUCGUUGAAGCAGCGAUGCGUAACGCUCGCAAGCAGCACGGGUAUUCUCGCGACGAUUCAAGAGGCGGCACAAGCCGUUUUGCAAACCGGCUGGAGCAUCUUGUUGCCUACUGCGAACGAACGGGCGAAAACGCUCUCGAAUUUCUUGUCGAAAGCGACGAACGUUGGCGCAUUAGUGGAGCAGCCGAAUAACGGAGGUAACGCGGUGAACGCGGGUCAGCAAUUUAUGGCGGAUUUGCUGGUGUCAAGCUUGAUGGCGGACGGUGGCCUGGAAUUGGCUUUGAAGGCUGCGGUGAAAGCGGAGACAAGCGAACUCGCGAGCGACGACACGAAACAGGCAAAAGAGUUGAACUCGGAGAAGAACAACGCGAUUAUAUCGUUGCUUCAGCUGGUGAAGCAGCUGAUAAAGAACGGCACCUGUAUCACGCAGUCAAAGUUGCUCGCGGCCGUCCAGCAACCGGGCCGGAAUUCUGAGGAGGAACGACAAAGGAACGAGAGCUGCUCUCCAAGUUUGAAUCUUCUUCUGAAGUUUCAGCGACUGCUGAUCGCUCAGGUGUACGAGUGCAUAAACGAGGUCGGGACGAAAAAGUUGCGCGAACAGGAGAUGCUCGGAGCGGAGUCACUGUUGAACAAGUACGUGUCGCAGAUCUGUAUCCACGUGACCGAGAUAACGUCGUUCACGGCUGAGCUAGGGAACACCGGUAUCAAGCAGUUCGUGUUGGUCAGUACCGUCCUAAGAGGCGACAUUGUGAACGUAUUGCUACCGGAACUGAUCACUUGCCUCAUCUUGCUACAACUCGACUAUCCUCUGUUACUGCUCAACAUGAACUGGUUGGAGAUAAUGACACCGAUGCUGAACGCGCUCGAUCGCUUCAACAAGCUGAUCCCAACGAUCGAUAAAAAUGAGACGGACGAUUUGUCCUGGCCAGGGAUCAUAGCUCCACAGCAUGGCAACAAGAUCUCCAUUUCGGACGAGCCUUUGGUUAUUCGUUGGGCUGAUCUGGAGAAUCACAAUCGUGACGGUGGCCUUUGGGUGGUGGUGAACAACAAUGUGUACGAUGUUCAAGACCAGCAGCAGCAGCAGCAGCAACAGCAGCAGCAGCUGCUACUACCGCGAACAAUGAUGGAUUCUUACUUUGUUGGUCAUUACUGCCAAUACUCCGAGCCGGAAAACACUGAGAUCACGAUCGACGUGACGGACGUCUGUUCCUGUUUACUCGACACGGAAAGAGCCCUGGGCUUCCUGUUAGGGUUGCACGCGCACAGGAUGCGACAAAGUCUACCAUUGCAAACGGCCGAGGAGGAAGCCGGCCGUUGGUUGAACGCAAAUUUCCUCCGUGGUGGAUUGCAAGUGCUACAACCGCCGAAUCCGUACGAGGAGGAGAAAGGAGAGGCGAGAAGCAACACGUCGACAGCUGCAAACUCGCCGACGGAACCACCGGUCCCCAUGCGUAAUACAGGAACGAAAAAUGAACCGCAAAAGGAACGACGCAGAGAGGAUGAUCGAGUCACCGCGUUCAUUUACGCGCUCGCCGAAACUCACAAAACCGACCCGCAGGUCCAUUCCUUCUUGACCAUCGUCGACAAAUACUCCAAGGCGAACAAUCUUCUGGCACACACCGAGAUCUCCGGUGAUCACCCGGUAGAGGAAGUUUGUCGAUUGUUAAUGGCGGUGAUCGUGAAGCAUCUAGCUUUGGGCCAUCAGGCGAUCAGCCUGAUCGAUCAUCAGGAUACGGGGAACGAGAACAGUCCGAGGCUGACGAAGCAAUUGGCCGAAAUGGUCCGAGCGAUCCAUCAAACCAAAUGGAAUUUAAUAAGAAUCAGACAGCAGCAAAAUAGAAGUUACAAAGAAGUCUGCGCUCCGGCACAGGAGAAAUGUAGAUUUCUUUUGCACGAGGUACGAUCCGCGACCAGUUACGAGAUCAAAGGAUUACAGGAUCUAAAGCUACUGCACACUGUGGCGAAAUUUCGGAAAACCGUGGAAACGGUGAUAAGAAACGUUCGUAAGAACAAGGAUUCCCCGAGCAAACCGGAAGACAUUGUCAACGCUUCGAUACAGAACGCGAAAAUGAAAAAUAAAUCCGACGAGGAUACCAUAAUCGUGACAACAGCAGCGGCAGCCGCAGCAGCAGCAUGUUCACCAAGGUUGGAAAAUCUAUCCGACACGAAGAAAACGUUCGGCAGAAUCAGCGAAAGGAUAAAGCAGAAAACAUUGAAUAUCGACUCGAGCGAGUUGAUGGCGAAUGUGAUAAACUUUGUGAUCACCGAGGAUGGCGGGGAUGUCGAGACGUUACGUCGGGCGAUGUAUUGUCAGGUACAGCGCGCAAAGUUACGCGAGCAGGGGACCUUAAUGAUGCAGCAAUUGCUAAAGAAGGAUUGGUUGAUCACAUCGGUGAGGUACUCGUUGUUGAACGGUUGGCUCGGGCUGUCGCACGAGAACAAAUCCCUCGGUGAUGGAAUAACGCAUUGCCUGGAGAAUAUUCAAUCGAUAACACCGUAUCAAAAAUCGAAGAUCAUUCUGGCGGAGGCGGAGGUAACGUCGUGGGCGGUAGAAGCGUUGCGAGCAUACGUGGUUCAAGCAGAGUUGCCGAGUAAACCGAGUAAGAUGAGCGACAAGAGCAGCUUGAAUCAAGGGACGUACACUUGGUUGCGGAAAUUGCCCAGAGCAAGGUUCUUGCUGACGAUACUGGGCAUGCUGACCAAUUACCAACACGCGAACGAGAUCGGGUUACUGAUCAACUCGGGCACCCUAUCGAGCGUUCUAACGUUGCUCAGACAGAUCGGACCGUCGGUCAGCCCGGAAGCAGAUUCGUCGGCGUCCGCGUGCGCGUCCGCGACCGGGAAAUCGGGGGAACCGCCUAUCACGGCUAUAUACGAGGACAGCCUGGAGAAGAGCAAACCACGGAGCGUUCAGCUUACCGGAAAGGAACUAGCGGCUCUGAUGAAAAUCGGGACAAGGGUGGUGCGCGGCGUGGACUGGAAGUGGGGCGACCAGGAUGGCCCUCCACCGGGGGAAGGUCUGGUGAUAGGGGAGCUUGGCGAGGACGGCUGGAUUCGCGUGCAAUGGGACAACGGUGCUACAAACUCGUACCGCAUGGGGAAGGAAGGAAAGUACGAUCCGCCGACCUCGCCGGAGACCGACAGCGACGUGGAUCCGGCGCAGGACGCUGCUAAAAUCGACAAGGCAGGAAACGUCCGUCACGUAGGUUUCGUCGACGUUCAUCCGACAACUUGUUUGAAAUCGGCUUCGGUGACGGUGCUUCGGGUUCUGCUGCUCUGUUGCGGCAUCGAGGCUGACAGGGUGGCCCCUUCCGCCAUAAAGAUACUCGGCUCGGUGUUGCGCGGUAUCGUAUCGUCCGCGUAUAAAUCGAGCUUCGGCACUCAGUCGCAGCUCGCUAGAGAGCAUCACAGCACGUGGGCGACCCUCGGUUCGUUCAGAGCGAUCGCCAAGUCGUCGGAACUCUGCAAAUCUCUCAGCACUAAACCGUGGAUCGAUUUCCUUCUGAACGUGGUGAUAGCCGAGGAGAACCAUCCGGAUCUGGAGAAACAGAUAAUGGCGGUGCGGUUGCUCGCAGCCGUACUGCCUUCUUGGUCCUCGGACAAUCCGAAUCAGAUACCCCUUCUCGAGAAGAUCUUUCGCAUAUUAGGUCACAUAGCGCUCACCUGCGAUCUCGGUACCAGCUUCGAACUCUAUUCAAACAAGUGUCGCGUCUCGCUCACCGCAUCUCACAGCUCGACCGUGGUCGAGGAGCUGGUCUCGUUGGUCAGAUAUCUGCAUUCCUUAUCGAAAUGGAACGCGUCUUUGAACACUUUCCUCGCCUCCAAGUUGUCGCUUGCCGCGGACCUAUUGAGCGACGGCCCGUUCUUUCAUAUACAGGUGAACGAGAACGGAGGUGAGAACAGCGGGAACAUUCAAGAUACGGUGAUGGCGGCUCUGAUCGUCGUAGGAGGACUCGACGACAGACCGAGAAUCGGCGCGUUGGUCGACGUGGACGGUCAACUCGGUACGAUAUUCAAAUUUACCAAACACUCCAAGAUUCUCGUUCAGAUGCACGACCAAGGGGGCGACGACGCGCGCCGAAAGGUCCCUUUUUUCGGAGUGAAACGGUUCACCGAGAAGUUUCAUCUCGAUCGAAUGCCCAUGCCUGACUCUUUCGUGUCCACUUGGGCGAAUUUACUGCUGGGUCAUCGUGGAAUGGACAAGAGACCGAACGGCAUGCCUGCCGUGAUAGCCGGCUCGGUGAAUCCCUCCAUUUUACGUAAUCAACAGCAACAACUCGCCGCACUGAACGCUGGUAAAACCAUGCUGGAUUAUCAGACAAAGCUGAGGAAGAUACUGAAACAUCCGAUUCACAGCCACGCCACAAACAACAAUUGCAACUGCAACAACAACAACAACGAUGACAACAGACGACGCACAACCCUCUUUCGGCAGAUGCUCGUUAGGGCGACGAGGCCACAACCGUUGAAGCCUAUAUUUAAACGAAAGGAAUUGGAAGAAGCUGCUCUAGCGGUUUCUCAGUAUUUGGCCUCGGAACUGAGACACUCGCCCAUUCAAGGAGCCGUAUCGGCUUCCGAACCCGAUUCCCCUGCGUCCGAUUGCUCGCUGGUCUCGUUGACGUCCAGUCAGAAAAAGCAUUGCAAGCACAGCGGUAGAAAGAGCCCUUCGAUCGCGAUGAGUCCGCUGGUCGCGCAACUCAUGGAUAUGGGUUUUCCGAAAAGAAGCGUUGAGUUUGCGAUUAAGAGCUUGAGCACCACCGUUGGGUUCAUCACUGCGGAAAGCGUGGUCGCUUGGCUACUCGAGAAUCCCGACGCGGCGUUGAGCGACAGUGAAACGUUGUCGAGCGCGUACGGCGGGUUAUCGGAGCCCGAAGACUCGACCAGUGAGAACAUCGAGGAUUCACCGUCCACGCACGAUCCUGUCGUCUCCUCGUCUUCGAUUAUAGCACCGCCCAACUACAUGAAACGUCCCGAUUUCCUCUCGUUGGACGAAUACGCGAUCUACGUGCGAGACAACCUGAUACCGGGUAUGCUGGUUCGUUGUUGCAAGAGCUACGAGGAGGUGGAGUACGGGGAUGUUGGUCAAGUGAUGAAAAUCGAUCCGGAAGGUUUGCACGAUCUAAACGUUCAGGUUGCAUGGCAGCGCAAGGGCUGCACCUAUUGGGUCAGAUUCAUUCACAUAGAGCUGUUGGGUCAUCCGCCAGCGAUACCAGGCCCGGCCGCGCUCAAGAUCGGCGACAAGGUGAGAGUAAAGGCGUCGGUAACCGUGCCCAAGUACAAAUGGGGAUCGGUGACACAUCAGAGCGUUGGAGUGGUAACGGGUAUAAUGAACAACGGAAAAGACGUGUCGGUAGAUUUUCCGCAGCAGAGCGGCUGGACUGGUUGCGCGAUUGAAAUGGAACGGGUACCCUCCUGUCAUCAUUCGGUCUCGUGCAACUCUUGCCACCUAUUGCCGAUAUCCGGGCCGAGAUUCAAGUGCAAGUAUUGCGAGUAUUACAAUCUCUGCGAGAAUUGCUUCUAUACGAAACGGUGUCAUCGGCACGGAUUCAAUCGGAUAGUGGAGCCAGGCUCGGCGGCGGUGUACGCCGGCAAGCCGGGACGAUAUCACAGGCAAGAUUACACCGAAUCCUCCUCGCUGAUCGACGAUUGGUCAAAGUGCAUACGAACGUUGAGCGUGUCCUCGAGGGAGAGUUGGGCAACGCGACUGGUCGACGCGUUGGGACUCUAUUGGCAGAGUUACGGCUCGCAGGGGAAACAUUGGAUUCGUCUGGAAAUGUUGCCGGGCAUACUGGUGCACUCGCUCAAGAUCACCGUGAAUCCGCAGGACGGCAGUUACAUGCCGUCGUUGAUAGCGGUGAGUGUUGGCGAGUCGUUCAACAGUUUAGUGGAAUUGGCGACGGUGAGCGUACGGCGCACCGACACCAGCGUACUCCUCCUGCAGGACAUCAAGGAGUAUUACCCGUGCAUCGAGAUCGCGAUUAAGCAGUGCCGGAACGGCGGGAUCGAUUGCAAGAUACGCGGACUUCAGAUAAUUGGCAAAAGGAGGAUGUUCGAGAAUCAACUGGCCACGUCUGUUUCGUUCCUCGCCUCGGACUGGGAGAUCGUGCAACAGCAGAUGAGCCCGGCGCAGCGCGGUACCGAGCCGCCACCGCCGGCCCAGCACUCGGCCGUCUACGUCUGGGGAUUGAACGACAAGGAUCAACUAGGAGGUCUGAAAGGAUCGAAGAUCAAGUUGCCGGUCUACACGGAAGUUCUCUCGAGGCUGAAACCGAUCCAUAUCGCCGGUGGCAGCAAAACUCUGUUCGUUGUAAGCCAGGACGGGAAGUUGUACGCCUGCGGGGAAGGGACAAACGGCAGGCUCGGCCUCGGGGACGACAGUAACGUGUGCGAGCCAAAGCCGAUUCCGUUUCUCAGUCAGUACGUGAUUAAAAAGGUGGCCGUGCACUCUGGUGGAAAGCACGCGUUGGCCCUGACGCAGGAAGGCAGGGUGUUCUCCUGGGGGGAGGGAGAGGAGGGCAGGCUGGGCCACGGGAAUUGCGUGUCGUUGGACAAACCGAGGCUGAUCGAGGCCCUCAAAUCGAAGAGGAUUCGGGACAUCGCGUGCGGCUCAGAUCAUUCCGCCGCCAUAACCAGUACCGGUGAAUUGUACACGUGGGGCUUGGGCGAGUACGGACGAUUGGGCCACGGCGACACCGCCACCCAGCUGAAGCCUAAGUUGGUCCAAUCUCUGGUUGGUCAGCGAGUGAUACAGGUCGCUUGCGGUAGCAGGGACGCGCAAACGAUGGCCCUGACCGCUGACGGUUCGGUUUACUCCUGGGGCGACGGAGACUUUGGGAAACUCGGCCGAGGUGGCAGCGACGGCUGUUACACGCCGCUCUUGGUCGACCGACUGAACGGUUUAGGUGUCGUGCAGAUCGAAUGCGGGGCUCAGUUCUCCCUUGCGUUGACCAAAUACGGGGAGGUGUGGACCUGGGGCAAAGGCGAUUAUUUUCGGCUUGGUAACGGCAACGAUCAUCACGUUCGAAAGCCAACGCUGGUCGAGGGACUUCGUGGGAAAAAGGUGAUUCACGUGGCUGUCGGUGCGCUGCACUGCUUGGCGGUAACCGACACCGGUCACGUAUACGCCUGGGGUGACAACGAUCACGGUCAACAGGGAAACGGCUCGACGGUCGUGAACAAGAAGCCGUCGUUGGUACACGAGCUCGACGACGCCAGAGUGAAUCGAGUGUCCUGCGGCUCUAGUCAUAGUAUCGCCUGGGUAUUGACCGAUCAACCGGCCACCAACAACCAAGAACCCGUCACAUUUCCCACCACUAAGGAUCCCCUUGGUAAAUUCUCGCUCCGAUUCAAAUCCAUCGCCGCCGGUACACCAGGAGAAGCAGAGUUGAGUGGCAGAGUCGCCAGCACCGGCGACAUCCCUGCUACCGGCGAUGCUUCCGCCGUUGCCAACCGACCCUCUCUUUCCAGCAUCAUCCUCUCGUUGGAAAGUAACGUGGCGAAGCAGCAAGCGUUGCAACACGUGAUAAACGCGCUGCGUAUAAUACAAGCUCGAAUCGCCGUGGUGACAGCGUUGCAAAGUCACUCGACCGUAAAGUCUUCGACAUCGUCGACAUCAACAGCAGCAGCAGCAGCCGUGGCUGAAAUGUCGGCGCCGGACGGAGCAGUAGCUGGAUCGAGCAGUGUCACCACCGCAGUUGGAGCUACAGGACAUAGCCAGGUUUAUCAGAACGUCGGGGAUAGCGCGCAGGGUGGCGGAGAAGCGCCGGCUAACGUCGCUGAACUGGUUAAUCUAGUGAGUAACAGCCCUCGUACCAGCCCUGAAUCCGAGGAGUAUCCGCUAGCUGCGGUCUUCCCCUCGAUGUCCAGUUCGGCCAGUUUAUCCUCGCGAGCCUCGAAAAUGUCGACUAGCGCGAUGAGCGUAAUCGCAGCCACUCUGACGUCGAACGCGCAAAUCGUCGGCGAGGGCGUGACCCCGGAUCCGAACUUGGACGAUUUCACGUCCACGUUGACCGAGGAGGACGCUAAAAUGCUGGUCGACCUGUUGAAACUGGCUGUUGCCAAUCGAAUAUGCAAAGGGGCCAAGGAGACGAUAUCCUCGGUACUGAUCGCUCUCGCCAAGACCAAUCAUUCGAUCCGCAGUAUGCUACUCGAGCUUUGCAUCACAGAGCUCGAGGACACGGUGGCCAACUCUAACAACAGGAGCAACGUGCCGCAGCCUGUCGUGCAGGAGAGCCCGCACCCUUACAUAGACGGGACCACGUUGACCGGGCACGUGAAGAUACCAGGCGCGGAGGCGCUGCGCGUCGCGUUCGAUCGACGCUGCUCGACCGAGAGACGCCACGAUCCUCUCACCAUUAUGGACGGAAACAAUCGAACAAUCGCCGUGAAAUCCGGUCGGGAAUGGAGCGAAUGGGCCACCGAAGUUCGAGUCGCCGGCGACGAGUUCAGAUGGAGAUUCUCCUCGGACGGAUCGGUGAACGGUUGGGGAUGGCGAUUCACGGUGUAUCCGGUGCUGGCUAGCCUGGCGCCCCACGAACUCGUCUCGGACAGGGCAGUUCUCUCGCAGCCAGCCAUCGCGCUCGCAGAAUCUCUCCUCGACAACGCUCUCAUCACCUUGGACAAGAAUAUCGCUACCCGGCUUGCCGCCACUUUGGCCCAGUGCAGCCAGUUGAGCGUCCUCUCCGCCCAGCAACGCAUGUGGGCCUUGAAAAAGUUGCAGGUCGUUUACACCAGCGGGCCCGGUAUACGUCCAGAGAUAGCCCUCUCCUCGCUCCUCGGCUCUUUGCCGCAGGCGCUGCUCAAACAGUACGCCUACGAAGAUCCACUGGUUCGCGGUGGAAAGCAAUUGAUGCACAGCGACUUCUUCAAAGUUCUCGUCGCGCUCGCCUGCGACCUCGAAUUAGACGGAAUGCAAUGCUGCUCGGAGAUCCACAAAUGGUCCUGGUUCCGGAGGUACUGCCUUUCCGCUCGAGUCGCCAAGGCUCUCGUCAAUCGGACGUCCCUUCCGAAACCGUUCUGUCUCGAGGUUACCAAACGAAUCAACGAGAUGAUCACCGAUGGAGAAACGAACAACAAGGACCACGAGAAUCACGAGCUUUUCAAACAGGAGCACGACGAGCAACUGUUGCAGUGGUUGAACCGAAGGCCCGAGGAUUGGACGUUAUCGUGGGACGGUUCGGGCGCGAUCUACGGCUGGGGUCACAACCAUCGCGGUCAAUUGGGCGGUCUCGAGGGGGCGAAGGUGAAGCUACCCGUUCUCUGCGAAGGCUUGUCCGCCCUUCGACCCGUUCAGCUCACCGGUGGAGAACAGACGCUGUUCGCCGUCACUGCCGACGGAAAGGUCUAUGCAACCGGUUACGGCGGGGUCGGACGUCUCGGAAUCGGUGGAACGGAUUCCGUUAUGUUGCCCACUCUUCUGGAGUCCAUUCAGCACGUAUUUGUGAAAAAGGUCGCCGUUAAUUCCGGCGGUAAACACUGUCUUGCCCUAAGUUCCGAAGGACACGUUUACUCUUGGGGCGAGGGUGACGACGGAAAACUAGGACACGGGAACAAAUUGUCGUACGAUCGACCGAAAUUGAUCGAAGAGUUGCUGGGUACCGAGAUCGUUGAUAUAGCUUGCGGUGGUCAUCAUAGUGCCGCGAUCACCAGCGCCGGAUGGCUCUACACUUGGGGAAAAGGUCGAUACGGACGAUUAGGUCACGGCGAUAGCGAGGAUCAAUUGACACCGAAACUGGUUGAAGCUCUGCAAGAUUACAAGGUAAUCGACGUUGCUUGUGGGAGUGGAGACGCGCAAACGCUUUGCGUCACCGAUGAUGAUAACGUUUGGAGUUGGGGCGACGGGGAUUACGGAAAAUUGGGCAGAGGAGGCAGCGAUGGCUGCAAAGUUCCUAUGAAGAUUGAAUCGCUCGUAGGCCUGGGUGUCGUUAAAGUCGAAUGUGGCAGCCAAUUCUCGGUAGCAUUGACAAGAUCAGGAGCGAUAUACACAUGGGGUAAAGGAGAUUACCAUCGUUUGGGUCACGGCUCGGACGAUCAUGUACGAAGACCGCGUAAGGUAGCAGCACUUCAAGGGAAAAAAAUUAUCUCCAUAGCAACAGGAUCGUUACAUUGCGUAGCCUGCUCCGAUAAAGGAGAAGUUUUCACUUGGGGAGACAACGACGAAGGCCAGUUGGGUGAUGGGACGACAAGCGCUCUUCAAAGACCAAGAUUGGUUCACGCGUUACAGGGUAAAAAGAUAACACGGGUCGCUUGCGGUAGCGCGCAUACUUUAGCAUGGAGUACCAUGAAAGCUACACAGAGCAGAAUGCCUGCCAGCACACCGAUGGAGUACGACCUAGUGAAAGAUCUUCCGUUUCCUGUGCUGCACAACCGAUUGGUACUUCUACACCAUUUCGCCGAACUACUUUGCCCCUGUUUGCCCAUGUUCCCAAUCAGCGGUGUUCCUAUCAGUUUGAGUAAAUUGGCUCCGAUGUUGGUGUACAGCAUCAAAGAAGCAACCUUCCGUAAAGUGGUACAGGCAACGAUGGUAAGAGAUCGGCAGCACGGGCCAGUGAUCGAAUUGAAUCGGAUACAGGUGAAACGAGCUAGAAGCAAGGGUGGAUUAGCUGGACCGGAUGGCAUUAAAUCCGUCUUCGGUCAAAUGGUCUCCAAGAUGUCUUUGCUGACGCAAGAUGUUCUCUUCUUCCCCCAUAGAGUCUGGAAAGUGAAAUUCAUCGGGGAAAGCGUGGAUGAUUGCGGCGGCGGAUAUAGCGAGAGUAUAGCGGAAAUGUGCGACGAAUUGCAAAAUGGUUCCUUACCGUUGCUUAUUCCAACACCGAACGGUCGAGACGAUAACGGCACUAACAGAGAUUGUUUCCUUUUGAAUCCGAUGGCUGAUUCGUCCGUGCACAUGAGCAUGUUUCGAUUUCUCGGCAUCUUAAUGGGUAUAGCGAUAAGAACCGGUAGCCCGUUGAGUUUGAAUUUGGCGGAACCCUUGUGGAAACAGCUCGCGGGCAUGUCGUUAACGCCCGCGGAUUUAACGGAAGUCGACAGGGAUUAUGUACCCGGGUUAUUGUGUAUCCGAGACAUGGAUUCCGAUCAAAAAGUAUUUCAAACUCUUGAAAUGCCAUUCUCCACCCCGUCCGCUGUUGGUCACGAUGUACCCUUAUCCAUCAGAUAUCGAAAAAUCACGCCGGAAAAUAAACACGAGUAUGUCCAAUUAGCAUUGAAUUAUAGAUUGCACGAGUUUGACGCACAGGUAGCUGCUGUUCGUGAAGGAAUGUCGAAAGUUAUCCCCGUACCUUUCCUCGCAUUGUUCAGUGGACCGGAACUAGAGACAAUGGUCUGCGGUAGUCCAGAUAUACCGCUUACUUUAUUGAAAUCCGUCGCAACUUACAAAGGCAUCGAAGCAACCGCUCCCCUAAUUCAAUGGUUCUGGGAGGUAAUGGAAGAGUUUUCCAACCAAGAGAGGUCCUUAUUUCUACGAUUCGUUUGGGGUAGAACUCGCCUACCACGUACGAUCGCUGACUUUCGUGGAAGAGAUUUUGUUUUACAGGUGAUGGACAGAUACAAUCCACCGGAUCAUUUUCUUCCUGAAAGUUACACGUGCUUUUUCCUCUUGAAAAUGCCAAGGUACUCCUGUAAACUAGUACUACGUGAAAAAUUAAAAUACGCGAUACAUUUUUGUAAAAGUAUCGACACCGACGAAUAUGCUAGGGUACAAGCUGCAACCAAUUCGGACACCGAAGAAACGGACAGCCUUGCUAGCGAAGAGUAUAUAUCGCUUUAA